AUGUCUUCUAACAAGAUUGUGAAGGAGUACGAGCACCCGCAAGAUGAAGAUGUCCGAAAUGAGGAUUUCCGGCGCAAGGUGAUGGAGGCAAUUGAUAAGAACAAGAUCGUACGCCCCAAAGGAUACACAGUAUCAUGGCAUUCGAACCCGGCCAUCGAGAAGCAUCACUUCGGAAAUUCUCACCCUAUGAAGCCAUGGCGCCUCACCUUGGCCAAGAGCUUGAUCAUGUCCUAUGGAAUGCAUGCGGCUAUGGACACCUUCAUCUCCCGAACAGCAACCAAGGAAGAAUUGGAGGAUUUCCACACUGAAGACUAUCUCGACUACCUCAAGACAGCAAAGGUCGCUCUCCCUGAUGAUGAGACUGUGAAGGACUAUAACCUUGGUGGUUCGGAUUGUCCCAUCUUCGACGGCUUAUUCAAUUACUGCUCUAUGUACGCCGGAGCAUCGAUUGAUGCGGCAAGAAGAUUGGCAAAUGGAGAUUCUGAUAUUGCAAUCAAUUGGUCUGGUGGCCUCCAUCACGCGAAGAAAGCCGAAGCUUCUGGUUUCUGUUAUGUCAAUGACAUCGUCCUUGCCAUUCUCCAACUCUUACGAAGAUUCCCACGUGUCUUAUACAUCGACAUUGACGUUCAUCAUGGAGAUGGAGUUGAGGAGGCAUUCUGGUCCACUGACAGAGUCCUGACAUUGUCUAUCCACAAAUACGACGGCAUGAACUUCUUCCCUGGUACUGGUGACUUGGACAGAACAGGUCCGGAUGAUGAGGCCAACCCUGGAGCACAUCACGCAGUCAACGUACCUCUCUAUGAUGGCAUUGAUGAUACCCAAUACAUCUAUCUGUUCAAGACCAUUGUUGGCAUGUGCAAGGACCAUUUCCGACCAUCAGCAAUUGUUCUUCAAUGUGGGGCGGAUUCACUUGCUGGUGACAGACUGGGUCGUUUCAACGUUCAGGUUAAAGGUCAUGGGGCUUGUGUUGCAUACUGCAAGUCUCUUGGUCUCCCUUUGUUGCUUGUCGGUGGUGGAGGAUAUACCCCGAGAAAUGUCGCUAGAGCCUGGACCCACGAGACCAGCAUUGCCAUCGACUGCGACAAGGAUCUCGAUCCGGUCAUUCCAGACCACACACCCUACAAGAGCUUCUUCCACUAUGACACCCUCUUCCCAACCCUUGAAGAAAUUCUCGUUGGCGAUCCACGUCCAAACAAGAACAGCAAGAAGAGAGUCGAUGAAAUCGUUUCGUCCAUCCGAGAGCAGCUCCGUAUGGUAAACUUUGCACCCAGUGUUCAGAGCUCUGUCAUUCCGCCUGAUCUUAGUUUCACCAAAGAGGAUGUGGAUGAUGCUAUGAACGAGGAACUAGAGGAGCAAGACGAAUACAGAACCCAAAAGGAAACCGGCGUUGGUGUUCCCAUGGAAUUGUCCUGA